AUGGGUCUCAACCGUCCUCAUCCACUCGUCCCACACCGCACCCCUGAGAUUCAGAACCGCGACACUAUCGAAGCUACUGAACCAGGGAAGAUACAAUCCGUACGCAUGAAGAAUUAUCUGAGGGCGCUGGAAGAAGAUGAAGGAGAUUUGGCGGAACUGGCAGAGCACUUGGUACCGGCGGAGAUGCGAUCGCUUGCUCAACAACGUGAAGACUCCUCCCACUGCGGGUGGCAACCUAUCAACAAAACCAAGGCUUCGCACUACAAUGAGUGGCAAUUGACCUUCGGCGGAGAAUCGAACCCCAAAGCCUGGAAGCUAGUCGACAGCGCAGCGACCUCUGGCAUGUCAGGCGGAGGAACAUCGAUGGCCGAUACCCUGGCAAGACAGGAAGGAGAUACUCCUAUUGCGAAGGAUUUGGCGACCAAUACACCAGCUACUCCUGUGGAUGCUGAGAUGACUGGAGAGAAAUUGAAAGACGCCGACAAUUCUCUAUGGAUAGACGAGAAGUACUUCGACCACUACGGCUACCUCAACUAUGUCAACAGUGUUGAUGGUAAUGAGAAUGAUGAACUGUUAAAGAUCCAAACCAAGCUCAGAACACAGGACAGAAAGGGAGUACAGCUUACCUUGGACCACUUCCUCUCGACAUCUCCAGCCCUUGAGAAGCCGCUAGUAUCCCUAAGACAACCUGUCAAGAGUUUUACAAAGACUCUGGCUAUCAAGGCCAAGUCAUUGAACGAUCGCGAUACGCCAGUUCACGAUACCUUCGAGAUUCAUCACCAAGCCAAGGCAGAAACCAGCGACGACACCUCUUCAGAUGAGAUUGGUACGUGGAUACUGCUAGAAGGCAAUGUCGAUGCCCCACGGACCGGUAACGUCUCGCCCCACAAGCUCACUAUCGAGCUCCGUAACACCAUCACCGACGAACGUAAAACUCUAACCUACACGGAGGUCAAGCACGAUGAAGUCGACUGGAAAUCCAAACAGCAAAUCGCCGCCAUCAUUAGAUGGCGCACCGGUAUCUUCCACGAGCACGGUAUCAACACCAAGAAGAACGUACUCAUGUACACAUCCCUCGAAGACGCAUGGAUGACGCUCUUCCACUGCAAGCUCCGCGCCACCAUCGAAGCAGGCCACAUUAUCAAGCUCCCCGGACCCUCCAACAUCAUGGUUCCUUUCAACGCCUACUUCGAAGGCAAGACGCUGAAGGAUACAACUGGAGAAGCCGUGGGACCAAGACCAGCGCGCGAUGCAACAUCCAUCCGGGGUAAGCUUGAUGGUAGGGCGAGCAAGAUUGCCGAAAUGCGGAAGGACAUGCGAGGACUUCUCCCAGCCGACAACGGUGGCCCUAUAUUCAUCCCAACAAUCACAGAAGAGGAGCUGCUGAGGUUUCAAAAGGAUGGGUCGGUCGCUGUUGAGGUUCCAAAGGGGGCUAGUAAGGAUGCAUCAUCGGGUAGUGAUGGGAAGGGAAGCAGGAAGUCGUCGCCAAAGCGAAAACGGAAGAGGGGCGACGCAGGAGAACAAGAUGGGAAGAAGGCAAAGAGAGCAGGCAAAGAGAGUCCAAGAACCCGAAGAUAG